GCUCUGUUUCGUUAUUACUGGCAGUACUAAAAAAUCUAUAGGAUACGUAACGUGAACCUAUACAUUUUCACUACUGCUAGUAAUAACGGAACAGGGCCUAUGUAGAUGUAAUUGGAUCCAAAUUUGACUGGCUGUCUCAGUAAGCAGCACUUUUAUAUAUCCGCAAUGUUACAACUUCUUUUAUUACACUGUAGCAGAAAGUGCGUGAGUGAGUGAGCGAGCAAGCGAAUUAGUGAGGCUGCGUUCGGAAACACACACUGUAGUGCGNGUCGGUGAUUUCAGUGGAAAAGUAGUUUGAGUACCGUGUGCCUUCGAGUGUCAAGUGUCUCCGAACGCUUCUCGUGUGGCUUGUAUAAACAUGGACGAGCGUCGAAAUGUUGUUCUUGCAAUUGUUGCAAUAGCGGGAUACAAUUUAUUAAAAGAAAAAUGUAUUGUUAAAAGACUGACGCAUGAGAAGAGUAGUGACGAUGAAUAUGAUCGAUGGAAUGAAGAGGCAAUUAUGCUCGAAGAACGUCUCCGUACUCGGAGAGAUUUAAGACGUGUAACAAGAAUUAAAAGUUAUGAUGCCACAACAAUACCUAAUUACACAGGAAAACAGUUCAAAGAAUAUUUUCGAAUGAAGAAAACAACAUUUGAAAAUUUAGAGCGAAUAUUAACACCUUAUUUAAUAAGGACAGCAAACAGUGGAAGAUGUACUUUAAAUGUUCACACACAAUUACUUGCAGUCUUGUGGUUGCUUGCAACUCUUGAUUCAUUCAGAUCUGUGUCUGAUCGCUUUGACAUCAGUAAAUCAAUGCUGCAUGAUUCCAUGAGAAGAGUUGUGGCUGCUUUGAAUAAUAUUGCUGAUAGAUUUAUUACAUGGCCUAAAGGUGAUCGAUUAAAUGAGAUAAAACAUCGAUUUUCAGAUAUUGGCUCUCUUCCUAAUGUGAUUGGGGCAAUCGGCGGAACUCAUAUUUCUAUUCCAGCACCCAUGGUUGAUUCUAUCUACUACAGGACAAGAAAAAAACAAUAUGCUAUUACACUGCAGGCUGUGUGCGAUGCAAACUUAAUAUUCACGGAUUGUUUUGUCGAAUUUACUGGAUCCGUUCAUGAUGCCAGGAUUUUCAGGAACUCUGAUUUCUGGCAUACAGUAGUAGCAAAUGAACAAGCCUUUUUUCCCAACAAUGAAUUUAUAAUAGAUGAUAAGGCUUAUCCGGUGUUGUCAUGAUGCUUAGCUCCAUACAUCAACAAGGGCAAUUUGACUCAGGCACAGAUAAAUUUUAAUGAACAUUUGUCUAAAAUAAGGCAAGUUAUUGAAAGAGCGUUUGCCCUUCUUAAAGGAAGAUUUCGACGGUUAAAAUAUUUGCACAUGAGUUGCACAGAUUUGAUACCAUUUGUCAUCUUGGCAUGUUGCGUUCUCCAUAAUAUUUGCCUGGAAGAUUGUCAAGAUGACUUAGAUGAUUUUAUAGACGACGACAUAAAACAGGAUGCUACCAAUGCUAAUGAGAAUAAUGUUAUUUUUGAUCAAUUAGUUAAUGACGCAAGAGGAUUGAUCUACCGCGAAUAUUUAACAGCUCUUGUAGCACAUAUUGUACCAUAAAUAGUAAAUAUAAUAUAAGUACAUAUAA